CGCACCCUGUAUAACCAAGAUAUCCAUACGUUACGUAGCCGGCCUAUUUAAACCAGCAGUUCCGGCCCAUCAUUUCUGACAUCUCAACUCAUCAGCUAUAUUGCUAACAGACUGCCUCAAACAUAUCAUCGCUAUGGCGCACCCGACAAAAUCAGAUCAGUUCGUCACCUAUACACAAAACUCAUUGUCGCUCCAGACCCUGGAAAGCCAGCCAUCCAAAUUGGCCAAUGGGCAGGUUAGCGAAUCGAUGUUCAACUCUACUGAAACUUUAAACGAUAAGUAUGAACCCCAUGACAGCGAAUAUGCCGAUACCAAGGAGACCCGCACCCAGCUGCUCUCCGGGUACAGGCUGGCGAUGGCCAUCAUCAGCCUGGAUAUCCUUGUGUUCCUGUCGGCUAUCGACAUGACCAUCGUGGCCACCACAUACAUCCCCAUCGGCGACAAGUUUGGGUCGGUGGAUCGCGCCGAGUGGAUUAUUACCAGCUACCUGAUCACCACAACGGCCAUCCAGCCCAUCUACGGCAAGAUCUCUGACACCAUCGUCAUGGCGAUUGUGGUUUUCCUCAUCGGCUCGAUCCUGUGCGCGGUGUCCAACUCGCUCAACAUGCUGAUUGCCAGUCGGGCAAUCAAGGGCCUGGGCGGCGCCGGGCUCAUGAGCAUGGCGCUGAUAGUCAUUGCCGACAUCAUGAACGAGCGCCAGCGCGGCAAGUACGUGGGCAUUUUCUCGGGCACCUGGGGGCUGGGCUCGGCCAUUGCGCCGAUGAUUGGCGGCCUCAUUGUCGAGAAGAGCAAGUGGCCGGUGGUGUUCUGGAUCAACAUCCCGUUCUGCGUCAUCUCUGCCGCCCUCAUUGUCAUGCUGCUGCGGAUUCCGCGGCCCAAGGGGUCGAUGCUCGAGAAGCUGAAGAAGGUCGACUUUAUCGGCUCGCUCCUGUCGCUGGCCGGGCUCACCCUGGUGCUGCUGGCGCUGACCUGGGGCGGCCGCGACUACGCGUGGUCAUCGGCUGCCGGUGGUGUCGUGCUUUGUGGUCGGUACAGGUUUGCGGUGGAGCCCAUCAUGCCCAUGCACCUGUUCAACCGGCGCAACGUGAUUCUGUGCUCGCUGGCGCACAUUUUCUUUGGCUUUGGCGUCAACGGCCCCAUCACAUUCAUUCCGAUGUGGGCGCUGGUCGUCAAGCACGCGUCAUACGUGACCUCGGGGCUGUAUCUGCUGCCGUUCUCCAUCGCCAUGGUGAUUUCGUCGGUGGUGGGCGGGGUCCUGGUCAGCCGUCUGGGCAGGUUCCGCGAGAUCAUCUGGUUCGGCGCGGCGAUGCUGACGCUAGGCAACGGCCUCCUGAUCCUGCUCGGCACCGAUGCCAGCCUGGGCAAGAUCAUCGGUCUGCUUGUCGCUGGAGGACUUGGGUUCGGCAGCUGCAUCCAGACGCUGACGCUUGCUGCGCAGUCGGCAGUCACUGGCAAGGACCUGGCAGGCAACGACAACAGUCAACCUGUUCUUCCGCUCGCUGGGCCAGAUUCUGUCGGUGGCGGUCAUGAGCAACAUUAUCCAGAACAAGCUGCGCACCGAGAUCGGCGAGGUGGUGGCGCGGUUCCCGGCACACAUGCACGAGAUUCUGGAGGUGCUCAAGGACCAGUCGACGAUCAGCAGCUCGGGCGUGUUCUUGCUGCUGACGCUUGGCAUCCAGCACAAGGAGCUGCAAGACAACGACUCAAGAAGACGAUUGAUGCGUGA